AUGNAUGACAGGUACACCAAAUUGGGUUACGCCGGCAAUCGUGAGCCGCAGUUCAUAAUCCCGUCGGCCAUUGCCAUCAAAGAGGCGCCCAAUGUUGGCGAUCAGGCCUCCAGACGACUCGCCAGAGGUAUCGACGAUCUGGACUUCUUCAUCGGCGAUGAGGCGCUCGACAAUCAGUCGGCGUAUACCGUGAAGUAUCCCAUACGACACGGCAUUGUGGAGGACUGGGACCUAAUGGAGCGCUAUUGGGAACAGUGUAUAUUCAAGUACUUAAGGGCUGAACCGGAAGACCACUAUUUCCUGUUAACAGAGCCGCCGCUGAAUACGCCCGAGAAUCGCGAAUAUACGGCUGAAAUCAUGUUCGAGUCGUUCAACGUUCCCGGCCUUUACAUCGCCGUACAGGCGGUGCUGGCAUUGGCCGCCUCCUGGACCUCACGACAAGUGGGCGAACGCACGCUCACCGGCAUUGUCAUCGACUCGGGCGACGGCGUCACGCAUUGCAUACCAGUGGCCGAGGGCUAUGUCAUCGGCAGUUGCAUUAAACACAUUCCCAUCGCCGGCCGUAACAUCACUUAUUUCAUACAAAACCUUUUGCGCGAACGAGAGUUCGGUAUUCCUCCGACUCAGUCGUUAGAGACGGCCAAAGCCAUCAAAGAGAGGUUCUGUUACGUGUGUCCCGACAUCGCCAAAGAGUUCGAAAGGUAUGACUCGAACCCAAACAAGUGGAUCAAGAAGUAUAGCGCCAAGAAUGCCAUCACUAAACAGCCCUUCGAAGUGGACGUCGGCUUCGAGCGCUUCUUAGGGCCCGAAGUGUUCUUCAACCCCGAGAUUGCGAACCCAGACUUUGUGACCCCUCUGUCCGAAACAGUGGACACUUGUAUCCAGAAUUGUCCCAUCGAUGUGAGACGUCCUCUCUAUAAGAAUAUUGUUCUAUCGGGCGGUUCGACAAUGUUUAAGGACUUUGACCGACGGCUACAGCGAGACAUCCAGCGAACGGUCACCGGAAGACUUAAACUGAGUUAUUCGUUAAGUCAGGGAAGACUGAACCCGAAGCCGAUCGAAGUGCAAGUGGUCUCCCAUCACAUGCAACGAUACGCCGUGUGGUUCGGCGGCUCAAUGUUGGCGUCCACUCCCGAGUUCUAUCCGGUCUGUCAUACGAAAGCCCAAUACGAAGAAUACGGUCCCAGUAUUUGUCGACACAAUCCGGUGUUCGGAGCCAUGACUUAAAGCCACGCCAACCGCUGAAGUCAUUGUCUCCAUCGGAUUCAUUGCCGAUCAGUUGUCGAGAAAAUCAAUUCAAUUGAAAUUUUGAACAAUAAAUCUGUUUCUAAAUAUAUAUUUAAAUUGAUUAUUAGAUUUCAAUAAAAAUUUAUUACUUAUUUCUUUAACAAAA